UCUAGAUAGACCGAUACGGUUUAAAUGUGCAUUCUCAAAUACUAUUAUGCAGGUAUUGCGAAAUCGUGGAUGGGAGGAAAUGAGUGUCGAGGACGAUGAUUUUGAUUUUUAUUGGUGCACAGUGGACUGGAUGAAGGAUAAUUUUGAUCGUCGAUUUCUGCCGGAUCAUGUUCGGCUUUGUCAUUUUCGGAAUCACUUC